CUCCAUCACUAAGCAAACCACAUUCCACACUACCUUCUUUUAGCAUCUUUGGCUGUUACUCUGCCUGCGAUCACAGCAAGAUGCCCCUCAUAAGCAAUGUCAUCGCAGCCAUUUACUUCGUGGUCAUGCUCCUAUCGAUCCCGAUCAUUGGCGCAGGGAUCUGGCUAGCAUCCAAGCCCGACAAUGCUUGCAUGAAGCUUCUACAGUGGCCAGUCAUCAUCAUCGGCAUCUUGAUCUUGAUCGUAGCUUUUGCUGGCUUCGUGGGCGAGUUUUGGGGCAUCCCAUGGCUGAAGUUAUUCUGCAUGAUAGGCAUGCUCAUUUUCAUAAUCCUACUGCCUGCAUUGGUGGUCUUCAUCUUCACGGUCACUAACAACGAGUCCAACCACACCGUGCCUGGCCGCGCCUUCCUGGAAUAUCGCCUCGACGACUACUCUGGGUGGAUGCGUCGAAGGGUGAGAGGGUCUUUCAAGUGGGAUCGGAUCCGGAACUGUAUCGCUUCUACUGGCAUGUGUGCUGAAUUGCAUCAGAGCUAUCGAUUCGCGCAAGAUUUCUUCAAUGCACGUAUUAGCCCAUUACAGUCAGGAUGCUGCAAGCCACCAACGUUAUGUGGCUACACAUUCGUCAAUCCCACGUACUGGAUUAGCCCGACCAACACGACCACUGACAUGGACUGCUUGCUGUGGAGAAGUGAGCAGACGCAGCUGUGCCAUGCAUGUGAAUCGUGCAAGGCAGGUCUACUCGCAAAUCUUAGGAAGGAAUGGAGAAGGGCAGACCUGAUUCUAGUCCUCAAGUUAGUGGCACUUAUAGGUGUGAUCUUCGUCCAGUGUUUUCUAGCUUCUAUUUAUCCUUUGUUACCUUUGGUUAGGAAUUCACAAGCAGUUGGCUCAUUGUACAUGUAUUUUCAGCCACGAGCUUUGGUUGGGAAAGUACCAACUUCGGUUAGUAAAGUAGCUGGGUCAGUGUACAUGUAUUUUCAGCCGCGACCUUUGGUCAGGAAAGUAUCAUCUUUGGUUAGCAAGGUAGUUGGCUCAGUGUACAUGUAUUUUCAGCGGUGA